AUGGAUGUGGGAGAAGUGAUCUACACCUUGUUGGAGGUGCUCAUCGCUGUUAGCUGCUGUCUUGGUAACGUGCUGGUCGUUUUGGCGCUUUGGACCAGUAAAUGCCUUCGACAGCCGACCUUCUGCCUGAUCGUCUCUCUGGCUGUGGCCGACCUCCUGGUUAGCUGCGUGGCCAUACCACUGGCUGUGGUGGUGGACGGACGAGUGAAGACCUCGUUCCACGGCUGUCUCUUCAUCAGCUGCGUGGUCAUCCUGUUGACCCUCGUCUCAGUUUUGUGUCUCAUGGCUAUUGCAGUGGACCGCUUCCUCCGGGUGUAUGUUCCUCUCAGGUACAAAAGGACAGUAACACAGAGACAUUCUUGGCUCGUGGUUGUAGCGUGUUGGCUCGUUGCAAUACCACUGAGUUUUGCUCCCAUGCUUGGAUGGUACAACCAUGAAACUUUGUCCAGUUCAGUCAACUCUACUAUCGUCUGCCAGUUCAUAGCUGUGAUCCCCAUGUCAUACCUGGUUUACUUCAACUUCUUUCUCUGCACCCUCACACCUCUGUUGGUGAUGACUGUGUUGUACGGCUACAUUUUCUGCACCAUUCGAGGAAACCUUCGAGAUAAACCAGGCAACAGUCCCCAAAAGCAGUCUCAGAACUACCUGGAGAAAGAGAAACAGCUGGCGGGGUCUCUGUCUCUGGUCUUGGCUCUGUUUGUCCUGUCCUGGCUCCCUCUCCACAUUAUGAACUGCAUUGUUUACUUUGGCGGGCCGAGUGAUGUACCAGUAACAGCUUUCUAUGUUGGCAUCCUGCUUUCUCAUGCUAACUCGGCUGUAAACCCAGUCGUGUAUGCGUUCAAAAUACAAAAGAUCAAGACGGCGUACCUGAAGCUCUGGAGAAAGUAUAUCGCAUGUGGAGAAGAAAAUCAAGGAACUCAGUCAAGCCAGUCGACAGACAACAAUGUCAGCAGUAACAUGAUCAGCGUGGCCAGAAAAGAGUGA